CUCAGCCCUUGCGGAACGCUCCUCGACAGACCCGUCGCGCCCUCCCCCUUGCCCUCCUCCCAAUCGCACGGCCCACCCUCACGACCACCGUCCUCAACGCAGAUCAUUGCCCUACUACCGCGACUCACUCUUUUCUUGUCCAAGUUGACAGUCGCUACUCCGUUCAGGAAAUACAUUGACAAUGGGAUUACCAAAUGCGAGUGCGGACUUGUCGACUGAAGUGGAGGUAGAUGCUUUCAGACGCCUCUUUCCUCUUCGUUUCUUUGAGAAGCAUCUUUUAGAAUCUAUACGCCCUGAUGCUCGACCACUUGGAAGAGCAAGAGAUACAACCAUUGCCCUUGGGGCUGUUGCAUCUGCUAAUGGUUCGGCCCUUGCAAAAAUUGGUUCAACUACGAUGUUGGCUGCUAUCAAAAUGGAAGUCAGGACCCCUUCAAUGGAAACUCCUGAUGAGGGUUGUAUAGCAAUUGAUUUCCACAUGCCUCCAAUUUGUUCUCCAAUUUUUAGGCCUUGCAGACCAUCUGAGGCAGCACCAGUUGUGGCAAAGCAAUUAUCUGACACUAUUUUAAGCUCUGGCAUGAUUAAUUUGAAGGAACUGUCCUUGGUUAGUGGAAAAGCUGCUUGGAUGACCUAUUUGGACAUUUACUGUUUGGAUGCUGAUGGUGCUCUUUUCGAUGCUGCAUUACUCGCAGCUGUUGCUGCCUUUUCUCAUUUGGAAAUCCCAGUAGUAUCUCUCAAUGACGAUGGAAAAAUAGUUUUAUCGGAGGAGCAAGGACUAUCUGACAGGGAGCCCGUCAAUAAGGAGAAGAGAAAAGUGAAUCUGGGUGGCAUUCCGUUUUCACUGACAUGCAUACUCCACAAGAAUUACAUUUUGGCAGAUCCUACUGCCGAGGAAGAGUCUAUUAUGGAAACAUCUGUGACUAUGGUUUUAGAUUCAUCAAGUCAACUUGUGUCGCUUUAUAAACCAGGUGGAGCAGUUCUAGCAUAUACAUCAGCUAUCCAGGACUGCAUUGCAUUAACACGGCAAAGAGUGAAGGAGCUUCAGAAGGUUCUAGAGGAAGCCAUUUCCGGCAUGGAGGUUGAUUAAUCUUGCUGUUAAUGGUUUUGUUUAUCAGCCAAAUUUUGCAAUUAAUGUUGGUAAUUCUGUGUUUGAAUCAUUAUGGAUGGUUCUGUUGCAUUUGGUGAAUAACAUUAUUAGUUCAGGGAGUGGUUUUUGGAGGGAUCAAUUCUGGUAUGCCAAAAGUGGCAACUUUUGUUUAUUGCCUUGUCAUAUUUUAUCUCUGACUUAAUAUAAAAUUAAGUACCCAAACUA